AUGAUCCUGCUGACGCCGCGCCAGGUGGUGGAGCUGCUGGAUCGCUACAUCGUGGGGCAGGGCGCGGCGAAGAAGGCGGUUGCCAAUGCGCUGCGCAAUCGCUGGCGGCGGCACAAAGUCCCAAGCCCGCUGCGGGAGGAGAUUCACCCGAAGAACCUGCUCAUGAUUGGCCCCACGGGAUGCGGCAAGACCGAGAUCGCACGUCGCCUAGCCAAGAUGGCCAACGCCCCCUUUGUCAAGGUUGAGGCCACCAAGUUCACCGAGGUGGGGUUCCAUGGCCGUGAUGUGGACCAGAUCAUCCGCGACCUGGUGGACAAUGCCAUCAUCAUGAUGCGCCAGCGCCUACGGCGCGAGAUGAAGGCCAAGAUAGAUGAGGCGGUGGAGGAGCGCAUCCUGACGGCGCUGCUGGGGGAUGUGGCGGCAGACACGCGCAACUCCUUCAGGGCGCUCUACAGGGAGGGGGAGCUGGAUGAGCGCAUGUGGAGCUGGAGCUGGCCUUCUCCGCCUUCGCACGGCAUGUUGGGGCCCUGGGCCUCGGGCGAUGGUUCGAUGCAGGAGAUGGUGGUGCGGGUGGACAAGAUUUGGGGGGGGGGGCCCUUGGGGCGAGGAGAGAAGCGCAAGAUGAAGGUGAGCGAGGCGCGACCGUUGAUAGAGGAGCAGGAGGCGGAGCGGUACAUCAACGCUGAGUCGGUGACGAGGGAGGCGAUCCAGGCGGUGGAGCAGGAUGGCAUCGUGUUCAUUGAUGAGAUUGACAAGAUUGUGACCAGCUCGGAGCAUCGGUACGGCGGGGAUGCCAGCGCAGAGGGCGUGCAGCGCGACCUGCUGCCCAUCAUCGAAGGCAGCACCGUGAGCACCAAGCAUGGCAAUGUCAACACCGACUACAUCCUCUUCAUUUGCUCCGGCGCUUUCCACUCCUGCAAGCCCAGUGACAUGCUGGCUGAGCUGCAGGGGCGCCUGCCUAUCCGUGUGGAGCUCAAGGGCCUGACCGCCGAGGACUUUUAUAAGAUCCUGACCGAGCCGGAGAGCAACAUGAUUAAGCAGCAGCAGGCACUGCUCACCACCGAAAAUGUGGAGCUCAUUUUUACAGAUGCUUCGAUUCGCGAGAUUGCGCGGGUGGCGGAGGAGGUGAACACCAACGUGGACAACAUUGGCGCUCGGCGCCUGCACACCAUCCUGGAGCGCAUCCUGGAGGAUGUGUCGUUUGACGCGCCAGAAAAGGCCAAGGAGAGCGGCAGCCAGGUCAACGUGGUGAUCGACAAGGAGGAUGUGUUGACCAAGAUCGGCGACCUCUUGAAGAAGCAGGAUUUGAGCAGAUACGUCCUCUAGUUAAUGGGUGUGGUGUGUUUUCUGCUGCCACAUCCCCAGCUGGACCGGCGCCACGCUGGCGCCACGGGAUUAUCUCUGAUGCCCGCCUGCACACCACGCCACCAUGUAACAUAGAUGCCCC